ACUACACCCUCUUCCUUUUGCUCCAAUGGCCCCCCUUCUCUUCUCACACUCCUCUUCCUUAAAAACCCCUACCUCAAUCACAUAACCAACACAACAAACCCACAUCCCUUCUUCCCUUCCCUUCUUUUCAUGGAACUCCAUCAUCAUCAUCAUCAUCAACAACAACAUCAACAACAAUCCUCUUCUUCUUCUUCUUCUUCUUCUUCUUCUUCUUCUUCUUCCUCCUCCUCUUCAUCAUCAUCCUCUUCCUCCUCCAAACACUCCAACAAAAGAUCAAGAAACACCACCACCACCACAAACAACAUCAACCUCAACAUGACUAACAACAAUAACAAUAACAACAACAACAACAACAACAACAACAACAUGAACAAGAGCAAGAACAAUCCUCCUCCACUAUAUCGAGGAGUUCGCAUGCGCAACUGGGGAAAAUGGGUUUCGGAGAUUAGAGAACCCCGAAAGAAAUCAAGAAUUUGGCUUGGCACAUUCCCUACAGCAGAAAUGGCUGCCCGUGCUCACGACGUCGCCGCUCUCACAAUCAAAGGUCAAGCAGCAUUCCUCAACUUCCCCGAACUCGCUUCUGCUCUUCCUCGGCCUGCUACUUCCUCUCCUAAAGACAUUCAAGCUGCUGCUGCCAAAGCAGCCCAGACCACCUUCAGUAUUAAUGUUGAGAAAACUAAUUUGCCUGAGGUUGAAGCCGAUACCGAUAUCGAUCAUUAUGAUUAUGAUGAUGAUGCUUUGUUUGAUCUCCCUGACCUUUUGAUCUAUUCUUCUCCUGCUUCUUCUUCUUCUUGGUUCAGCAACUCUUCUUUGGAUGAUGAUGAUAUUGGCUUUAGGCUUGAGGAUCAUCAGCCUUUGUUGUGGGAGCAUAGUGUGUGAUGUUUCUUUUCUUUUCUUUUCUUUUUUUCUUGUUUUUUUUUUAAAAUAAUGUUUGUGAUCAAGAAGUAGUGAGUUUCUUUAUGUACAUGAAUUAUGUGGAGUUUACUUUGAUGUUCAUUAGUGAAUUUGGAAAAUAAUUUUUGAAGAAGAAGAAGAAGAAGAAGAAGAAGAAGGAGAAGAAGGAAGAUAGACAAUGCAUGAUGAGUUUCUUCAUGCAUGUGUUUUAUUGAACUAGCUAGUUUAUUUCCUAAAUUUGGAAAUUGAUUUUAAUGUAAUUUUUGAUUUUUUUUAUUAUUAAUAUUUGUCUUGGAAAUGAAUUUUGUGGAGUUUAAUUUGAUAUUCA